GUUUAGCACGAUUAUGUGUUUCCAUAGCAUAGCGGAUUUAUUCUAACAUUUUCCCACCUGGAAAAACUGGGUUCAAGUGUCUUCGGCAAUGGCAAAGCAACAUUGCGUCUCCUCAGAAUACCAUGCCACUCUCAGAGCAAUCCUAUACUUGCAGGAAUGGGGCUGGGUGGUGGUGGUGGUGGUGGCAGUAGUGAUUGUAAAGGUUCUGGUGUAGAAAUUGCAGAUGGAGAGCGGGGCUCUGGGCAUGGAAGUGGAGAGGAGCGGAAAGGAGCCUGGAGAAAAGGCUGUCAUAUUUGCUCAGAAGAACCGCCAAAUCAGAGAGCAGAGAAGAUUUCAUUGGAGGAACGCCUUCACCAGCAAUUAAUCCUGUCAUACUGCAAGAAAAUUGUAAAUGUUCUCUCCAGAAACUGUCCGCCCAUUGCAGCUAAUGGAACACACACGCACGAAGGGAUCCGCUCUCCUGCUCAACACCAAAGGCGCCCGGUGCAGAGACCCGCUCCAGCGAGCGCACGCGCGCGCGCGCACACACACACAAACACACACACGCGCGCACACACACGCACGGACACACACGCACACGCGCCAGCCUGAGGCUUGGCCAGAGUCUUGCAACCGCAGAUCCCGCUAGGAAAUAGCCACAGGCAUCCUGAUCGGUGUUGCCGCUACUCUGAUCACUACUUUCCCAAGCACUUUGGUGAAGAAAUGCAUCCCGCCCGGCUCGCCGGUCCAUGCAGAUCAAGGGAGAAAGCGAGCGGGCGGCUGGCUUAGGACUCUGAGCCCUGCGCAGCUCGCGCCGGAGCCGGUCCGCCCCGAACCCGCGAAGGGCUCCCCGCGCCUGCCGGCUGCACCGAGGAAGUCGCACUCCGGGGAGGUAGCUGGAGCCAAACCCGCAGCAGGUUUAGAUGUUUAUUUGGCUACUUGGCUACUGAUUAGAGAACACAAAAUGAAUAACUCAACAAACUCCUCUAACAAUGGCCUGGCUCUGACCAGUCCUUAUAAGACAUUUGAAGUGGUGUUUAUCGUCCUUGUGGCUGGAUCCCUCAGCUUGGUGACCAUUAUUGGGAACAUACUGGUCAUGGUCUCCAUUAAAGUCAACCGCCACCUCCAGACCGUCAACAAUUACUUUUUGUUCAGCUUGGCCUGUGCUGACCUCAUCAUCGGUGUUUUCUCCAUGAACUUGUAUACCCUCUACACUGUGAUUGGCUACUGGCCUUUGGGACCUGUGGUGUGUGACCUUUGGCUAGCCCUGGACUAUGUGGUCAGCAAUGCCUCCGUGAUGAAUCUGCUCAUUAUCAGCUUUGACAGGUACUUCUGUGUCACAAAACCGCUCACCUACCCUGUCAAGCGGACCACGAAAAUGGCAGGUAUGAUGAUUGCAGCUGCCUGGGUCCUAUCCUUCAUCCUCUGGGCUCCAGCGAUUCUCUUCUGGCAGUUCAUUGUGGGGGUGAGAACUGUGAAGGAUGGGGAAUGCUACAUCCAGUUUUUCUCCAACGCUGCUGUCACCUUCGGCACUGCCAUUGCAGCCUUCUACUUGCCAGUGAUCAUCAUGGCCGUGUUAUACUGGCACAUAUCCCGAGCCAGUAAGAGCAGGAUAAAGAAGGACAAGAAGGAGCCUGCGGCCAACCAAGAUCCAGUGUCUCCAAGUCUGGUCCAAGGACGGAUAGUGAAGCCAAACAACAACAACAUGCCUGGCCGUGAUGACGGCCUGGAACACAACAAAAUGCAGAAUGGCAAAGCCCCCAGAGAUGCGGUGACUGAAAACUGUGUCCAGGCGGAGGAGAAAGAAAGCUCCAACGAUUCCACCUCCGUCAGUGCUGUCGCCUCUAACAUGAGAGAUGAUGAAAUCACCCAGGAUGAAAACACAGUUUCUACUUCCCUGGGCUAUUCCAAAGAUGAGAACUCUAAGCAAACAUGUAUCAAAAUCGUCACCAAGACCCAAAAGGGUGACUCGUGUGCCCCGACUAAUACCACCGUGGAGCUGGUUGGUUCUUCAGGUCAGAAUGGAGAUGAAAAACAAAACACGGUCGCUCGCAAGAUCGUGAAGAUGACUAAGCAGCCUGCAAAAAAGAAGCCCCCUCCUUCCCGGGAAAAGAAAGUGACCAGGACAAUCUUGGCUAUUCUGUUGGCUUUCAUCAUCACUUGGGCCCCCUACAACGUCAUGGUGCUUAUCAACACCUUCUGUGCACCCUGCAUCCCCAACACGGUGUGGACAAUUGGUUACUGGCUUUGCUACAUCAACAGCACUAUCAACCCUGCCUGCUAUGCCCUUUGCAAUGCCACCUUCAAGAAGACCUUUAAACACCUUCUCAUGUGUCAUUACAAGAACAUAGGCGCAACGAGGUAAAACAUCUUUGGGACAAAGGAAGGCGGUCACGGGGAACUUGGGAAGAAGAAGAGGGGUAAAAGAGCUAGUUUUAAAAUCUCUGCCAUUGCACUUUAUAGUCUUAUUAUGGAUGUGCAGUUAAGGAGCUCAAAAGUGACACUCUUUUGUGCCUCUGCUCCAGUUUGGGAAACUCACCUCAUAAGCCCUGCCAAUGUAGGAGCAAUGAGACCAUGAAAGCCACACGUUGAACAUGUGGAUUUAAGAAUGCUCUACACUUUCUGUCUCUUGAAGAAGGGCUUCUGAAUCUGCGAUUUUAUCAGUUUCUGCACAAGAAGAAUACUAACCUUGCUCCUUUUUUGUUGUUGUUCCCACGUAUUUAUGUAAGUCAAUGAAAGGCUACAGUUACAAGCUAACAUGGAGACUUAAACAUAAGGAAAUAGACAUUAUGCCAUAGAGAAGAAAGGAAUAAAACCAAAAAGAGUGUAGAAACAACCUCAGAGUGCUAAGCAUAUAUUACUCUUCUUUUCUUAUGGUUUUACCUGGAGGGUUGCAAUAUUAUAAAUGCUUAUUUUUUACCUUUGCUUUUCCUCACAUCAAAAGAAAACAAACAAAAAGCCCAAUGAGACCACAUCAUUAUUUUUCUCGUUCUGGCAUUUGUUUUUGUACUGUUCUACACUGUGUGAGGGCAAAUUAUAGAGGACUUGCACUAAACCAGAGACAGCCAUGAAAAAGGGGCAUUUCACCCCUGAUCACUGUGUCCUUUGCAUUUUUUGGUGGUAUAACAGCCUAUAAGGAUAUAGUUCAAUUAUGAUCCUUUAUAGGAAAUGGUUUCACCAAUCUGAUUUUCUCCCAAACUAGCCUCUAAUUUUAAUAGAAUAGUCUCCCUAAUACAUAAACAUGUUUGAGAAGCCAAAGUUAUUUUUUUUAAAUUGAGGUUUUAUCAAAUUAAAUAGUUGUCAUUAAAGUUGGAGAACGUUUACUGAGGCCAGGCAAAUUUUCAGAUAAGAAAAUGGGCGGUUGAAAGAACAUUCUGUUUCAACCUGAAUCUGCUUGACCUGCAUGUGAAAUGCUAACGUGUAAAACAUGAACGUCUGGCCUUUGUCAGCAGGAAGAACAUGCUGCCUUUUUCAUUUUGAAUUCUGAAUAGAAUUAAUAUACUCCCGUGGCACCAGUGACCUCUGGGUCAAUCCCAAGAAAUUAAGACCUUCCCCUCAAUGCUUUCUGAAAGCCAGUAUUCAGCUCAUGAGGCUGUUUAGAACCACCCUAUGAUCCAAUGGAGAGAGAAAAAUAAGCAAUUAAAAAACAUUUACUGAAACCAUAUAUUCCUCAUUCCUCAACUGUCAUUUCUCCCCAAAAAUGUUUAACUUCAAAAUUCCAUCAAUAGAAGUAUAGUAAUCCUUGUGACAGACAUGUAGUGGAUAACUUAAACAGGCCAGGUGAGCUCAGCAGAAUCUGAAAGAAAAACGUAGUGGCUGUACCUGGUCAUUCUCACAUGUCUCUAAUACUAGACCAUCAGAACGUCAUGUCAGAAACUAAUACCCAAACAGUGGCUUUAAAGAAUCUUCUCCAUGUAGAUACUUUUUAUUUGGUACCCCAAAUAAAUAUAUGAUUAUAUUAUUCAUGAUUUAACUAGUUAUUUUCAUUCCUCCUUUGUUUUACUAUAUUCACUGUAGUCUUCCAAUUAGAUUUUCUAAAGAUGACUCAAUCAAUGGAAAUAAAAGUUAUAAAACUUUAUUCAAAUUUCACAUUCUGCCUUUUAGGUUUAUGGUCUUCAUCUUGACCAGUUAUAUAUCUAUGUGAGCUGCAUGACGACUAAAUCAGUAUUAGACAUUAGCAAUUUAGUUACUUUGUGUGACUUGCCUCAUUGAUGGCAUCUCAACAAUUUUGAGAGUUAACCAAAAGCACAACACAAACAACAACAAAAAGAACAGCCAGGAAGAAGCAAAUUGCCAACAAUGUUUUAAUUUAACUUUAUAAAAAUAACUUCCUAGUUGAAUAACUUCAGUCAUUCCCCCUCGCCGCCGCCCCCCCCCCCAAAAAAAAAUCUUCCAUGUAUAAACACACAGCAUCAGUUCAGACAGAUUCCUUCACACUACAAUGAUGUCAAUGUAAACAUUUACAUUUUAAAUUAAUAUUUAUUUGUAUUUUAUUUCAUCAAAUCCAGGAAUAAAUUGUGUGGAAGGAGCAUCAAGCCAAUAGAGUGUUUGGUUCCCUUUAAACAAAACAAUUGACUGGCUGAAUGUUUCACUUACUAACUUGCACUACUAUGGUGUAGAUUCAGCUUUAGUGGAAUGAACUCUUUGGAUCCAAGGAUUGAGGAUUCCAGAUUCUGGUCUCUUGUAAGCAACAAUCCAGCUCACUUUGAGUCAAAUUGCCUGUUACUCGCCAUUGUCAUCGCAUCCUUCCCUUUGUUCCUUUUAUUUUUGGUCUUCGUCACCUGUUAUUGAAAAAGAGAGCAUCAAGGAUUGAAGAAAGGAAUUGAAGAUAGACUGAAACAUCUUGGAAGUUUUGUCGACCGGAAUAAAAAAAAUGGAAAGAAUACUGAAAAUGGUAGAUGCUUAGACAGAUAUAGAGAUUGUAUUGAAAGGUUUGCAUUAACUACUGCUGGAUUUGUCUAUUUCAGUGGCUUUCAACUGGGGAUCAAGCCAAUUUUGCCGCCUUCACAGGGGACAUUUAAUAAUGUAUGGAGACAUUUUUGGCUGUCACAACUUGGGGAAGGGCUAUUGGCAUCUAGUGGGAUAGAAGCCAGGGAUGCCGCUAAACAGCUUACAUCGGAUAGCCCCAUCCACCUGCCCCAACUAAAAAUUAUGUGGCUCAAAAUGUCAAUAGUGCAGAAGUUGAGAAACCCUGGUCUGUUUCAAGGGAUUCUAGGACUUGCUUUGUAUAAGUGGGAAAAUAAUCCUGUAUCACUAUUAGAAUAUCAAUGCCAAUUGCUCACCUGUUUGAAAAAGAUAAUGCUCACCAAUCGUGAUUCAGACGCACUAUCAUCCACUGAGUCCGGCGUAUUUGUAAUUCACAGAUUGGGAACACAGGCCGCACCUACAUAUCCAGAAUCACCAGACCAGGCACAUAGCACAUGGUUUCCAACAUCUAGUGCCUGACUAGAUUGCCACAGAAUCCAGGCAAUUGAGGUUUCAGUAGUUGGCCAUUAAAAUGGUUGUAUUGAUGUAGUCAGUUUCUAUUGGCACUAACAUUUGUCCUUUCAAAAACAUUAAGAGCCUCUUUCGGAAGCAGUAUGAUUCAUCGCCUUUGUUUUCACUGGAAAGGUGCAUAUCUGUCAAGAAUUUCUUCUCGUAGCAAUAAUGUAAAUAUCACAGAGUGGUCUUAUCAGAAGAGGAGAUUAAAUAUAUGAAAAUGCCAGGUCAUUUCUUGAAAAAAAAAAAAAAAAGAGAAAUGAUUACCCUUUUACCAGUUCAUCAUUAAUUUAAUGGCAGAUCCUGUGUUAAGACAAAAUCUAAUAAGUCAUUUUACAUUUGUCCAAACCGAUAGAAUGUACAACACCAAGAAGGAACCCCAAUGCUAACUAUGGACGUUGAAUGAAAAAAAUUAUGUGCCAAUGUAGAUUCAGCCAUUAUAACAAAUGCACCACUCUGAUGCAGAUGUUGACAGUGGGGGAGGCUGUGCGUGUGUGGAGACCAGAGGGUAUAUAAAUACUCUCUGUACCUUUCGCUCAAUUUUGUUGUGAACCUAAAACUGCUCUAAAAAUAAAAUUACAAUCUAAAAUAAUAAUAAUGAUAAUAAGUCACAUGAGAUUAGCUUUCCAGCGUGGAUGUGGAAGCUGGAGGUCCCACAUACUCCUACUCUUUGUCCAUUCACUGCUUUUUUUAAUCCUGAAGAUCUGAUAUUGGGGGAAAUGGGAGUUCAAACUGAUGACAAUAUACCUGUAGAGAUGCAAUCUACUUUUAUUUUCUCCUACUUAGUUGAUUCUUGCCUUUUCCCCAGUUUGAUAAUAUCCCUUUCAACAACCACAGCACUGGUGUUGCAAAUAGACUAGGGAAGCACCCCAAGCCAGAUGACUUGUGCAAAGUGUAUUUUCAGCAUGUAUAUACAAUACCAUGCCUCUCCAAUAUGCUUCUCUUAAGAGGGUGCACGCGGCAGCAUGAACUGUGUGCUUAUUUAAUGUAUCUUCCUGGGAUAUGCUGUAUGCUUAAUAUACAUAUUCUAUAAAUAAAGCAAUGAAAUGUAUAAUAGAAAUACAUAUUUCUGUAUGCAAAUAAAUAUAUUAUCCACAAAAAUCUUAGUAUGCAAUAUGGUAUAUGUUGCUUCAGAGUCACAAGAUAAGCUUUUAUAUGCCCACUUUUCAAAGAAAGUAGUACUUGCUUUUGAAGGAAGGGGUGUAAAAACAGCCAAAAUCCUACCCAUAUUAAGACUAAAAUGUUUUCUACUCUUUGAAAGCAUGGCAUUGAUUUUAAAUGUCUCUUGAAAGAAUAUAUUAAUAAACCUUUGCUGGUGUCA